AUGAACCCCUCUGUUGUGGCUGCUCACAAGAGGAUUGGACUUCUCCAAAAGCUCAACAAGUGGCAAGGGAAAGCCAUGGAGAAGAUGCAAAAGUCCAUGGACAAGAUGGUGAGCAAGAUCAAGAAUUUGGAGAAGAAGUCUCUGGUUCUUCAUCCAAGAAGAAGAAGACACCCAUGGCCCCCACAUUCCCUAGGAGUAGAUCCUUCUCACCACUCCAAGGAGGCUUCCUGCCAAGAGCCUCACAGAGCCUCCUCAUUUGAACCAAGGGAAGAAGGAGACAACUCGCAGAGGAGGAGGAAGAGUUCCAAGGCUCGACGCUCCAACUCGACCACAGGACUCGAUCGAGUCCAAACAGAGGAAACUCAACUCGGUCGAGCUGAUGGUCGAGUUGGCCUUGAGGGGUCAGAAUUCGAAGACCCUGGAUUUAGGUAUGAUCCAAGCAAGAGGCGAAUAUGA